AUGGAUACUUAUGAAAAAUUUGAUCAAAUUCCCGAGAUUAUUUUAAAAGAACUUAUUAAUGAACAAGAGGUUUCUCAAAGUUCCAUUUAUCAUAUAGCAGUUAGUCCUAACGGUCAAAAUGUGGCUAUUCUUAAUACUGUCACUUUGGAAUUAAAAACUUGUCAAGUUGAUAAUUUAGAUGAGUUCAGAACUGUAAAAUGCGAAUCUUUAAAAGACUUUGAACCAAAAAGUAAAAUUUGUUGGUCGCUGGCGAUCGCAAAUUCUAUUGACAUUCAACUGGAAAGUGGCGAUAUACAUAGAGAAACCUUAAUAGCAUUAUCAUGCUUCGAUGAACGAGAUAUGAUGAUUUUUAAGGAUUCCUCUUCAAGUGGUGAUGAUAAAACUGAAUUAUCUGACGAAGAGAAAGGUCCGAGAAAUUUCUUGAGAUCUUUUCCAAUUACUACUUGGAUUAUCUCAUCUUGGCAUGAAGAAAGAAUUAUGACCGCUUUAGAUAAUAUUGGAGGAUUGGUGAAAUUCCUUGAUGAUAUUUCAAAGGAUACAAAUUUAAUUAAUGUACUUGUUAUUAAUGCUUCGGGUAUCUGUAAAACAGUUUUUAAUCUAGAUAAUAUUAUUAUGAAAAAAUCAAAUUCCAUGUGGGAAAAAUUACCUUUCUAUCGAAAUUCUGCAUCUCUGAAAGAAUUUUUGUUUCCUCCUAGAAUUCAAGCUGAACUGAGAAAAUUAUAUCAAAAUACUUCUUGCCUAGAAUUAUUAUCUCGUAGUAUAGAAAAUGAUUUCUUUCUAUUUGAAGAUUAUCAAGAUAGAAAUCAAGUUAUACAAAUGUAUAAUUUAAAAACUUGUAAAUUAGAAAUGGUCUUUCGCCUGAGAGAACAAUCCGAUUUUACUGUUUUUGGAUGUGGAAAUCCAGUCAUUGCCAUUUCCAGAAACAAAAAUUUACUUGCAUAUUGUCACGGCGCUAAUAGUAUCACUUUGUAUCUUAUGGAAAAUAGUCUUGAGGUUUCAACUCGUAUAUUUCCUCAAAUAGAAAAAAUUAUCUCUUUGGAUUUCAUUAAUGAUGAUGAAUCAUUAUUUAUUAUUGCACAAGAUAACAAGAAUUCUUUACCAAUAAUCAUAUGUUGGGAUCUAUUUAGUUAUAUGAAAAAUUCUACGAGAAUAUUAGAAGAUACCAAUAAAAUAUUUUCCACAAAUAAUAUUAAAUUAGUUAGAGCUUGUGAUACAAUGUUAGUAAUUAAUCAAGAAGGAAAAAUUAUUUCAAUAGCGAAACAUCCUUCUUUAAUUGAUAUAUUGAAACCACAACCUAAAUCCGAGAAACCACUCAUAAAAUUACCUCUUCAAUAUCUUAAAGAUUCUGAAUGGACACAAGCUGUACCACACACUACUUUGCAACUUACUAUUGGAGAAACCACAGUUCAAGUAUGGUAUAAAAAAGAGAAUAAAAGUAUUUUGAAAUAUAUUUGGACAAAUUGUUGUAAUCGUAAAUUAACAGUAAAAUCAUUGGAGAUUGGACAUCAGGAAUUCAAAAUUGAAUUAUCUUAUCAAUCACCUAAUGUAUAUUGGGAUGAAAUGAUAGUAAAUCUUCAUUGGCCUUAUUAUGUUAAUACCAUAAAUGAUGCAUGUAGUGCACUUCAUUAUCUUUAUGAACGAAGGGAUGAUCCAGCUGGACCUACGAAACAACAACAAUAUGAAGAUUUAAUAUUACAAACCGAACAAAUUGUUUUUAAAUUUAUCAAAAAAAAUCCAUCGAUAUGGAGAUUAAUUGAAGUUCGAUAUAAUGUUAUGGCUAGUUUAUUACGAGGACGACGAAUUAAUCUUAUUCAAUAUUUGUUGAUUGAUUCAUUAAAUUAUAAAAAUAAUCAAAAUAAUAAAUUUUUGCAUACACCGAGAAUGUUUGAAUGGCCAAAGAAACUUAAAACAAGUGAUUUAGAGAUAGCAAUUAAGUGUAGUGAAGGAAAACGACAAUAUCGUGAUGCAGUUGUGGUAGGAUUUCUUUUGAAUUAUUAUACGGAUAAUGCUAUGGAAAAUACGGGAUGGAUGUUUACUGUCAGUAAAUCUAUAUCUUUAUUGUUUGAACAUCAUUUAGACUCUUAUAUAACGGAAUUGUUCUGUAAACCUAUAUUUGGAGCGAAAGAAAUACACAUUGAUGAGUCGUACCUUUCACCUAAUGAUUUACCUAAAGGAAAGUCUAAAUAUAUAAGAGCUUUUGAACCAAGUACAGAACUUUUAAGUAAACCAGAGAAAUCAAGAAUGCGAAAAAUAAAACUUCUUAAUCCAAUAUUUAAUAUUAUUGAUAAAUCAAAGAUUAGUUUAUCACAAACACAACAUUUAGCAGCUUUUCAAAAAAUCCAAAAGGUUAUACCUGGUUUAGAUCAUGGAGAUUCAUCAGCUUUGGUAACAAUGCGUAUGGUUCCACUUCCAGAUUUUACCGUUUAUCCACAAGAAAUAAAAGAUCAAGAAGUAAAUCUUCUAGGUCUUCCAAUGCGUUUACUUCGAUUAUUAAUAUGGCCACGUAGUUAUAUAGUAAAAAAAGAAUCAAAAUUAAGUCCAUUUCUGCGUGUAAUAAAACGCGAUAAAAAUGGUAUCACGUUUGAUAAUCCUGCUAUAGAAGCUGUAAUAGAUUUCAAAUGGGGAGCAGCUAGAAAUCAUUUUCUUCGACAUGCAGCACUUUAUUUCACAUUUGCAAUGUUAUUUGGAAUUAUUACCGGAGCAGUAAAGAAUACUUGGUUUGGACAGAUUAGUCAGGAUAAUACAGAUAUUGGAAUGAAAAUAAUAAUAUUUUUUUUGACCUCGAUAUUUUAUUAUCUUGGAUAUUAUUUAUUGGCUUCAGAAAUUAUACAAAUGAAACAUAAUGGUAUCAAGCAAUACAUAAGCGUCUAUAAUUUCUUUGAUCUCGCAUCUGUCAUUAUGCCAAUAUGCACUUAUACCUCCGGACUAGUGAUACAUAGCGGAAACACUACUGUAGCUCAAGAAAAAGAAUUUACUAUAGCAGUAGCAUUUACGGUGCUAGUUAUGUGGAUGGAAUUAUUUUUAUUAUUAAGGUUUUUCUCAGGUCUAAUACCUAAUGGAUCCAGUUUCAAAAUUCAAAAUGUCAACAACAAUGAUGAACUUUCAGAUUAUCAAAUAAAUCAAGUGUUCUCCGUUGAUCAAACCAGUGAUAAUUAUUUCUCUAAUUUCGCAAAAUCUGUUCAAGCAGUUUACUUUUGGAUUAACGGUCGAUGGGAUCAAUUAGAUCAAUGGACUUUUUGGCCAAUUGAUUUGUUGGCUUUCGUUUCGAGUGUGUUAUUGAUUACUGUUAUGCAAAAUAUGUUAAUUGCAGGUGUAUUUGAUGAUGCAAAAGAUGAUGGUCGUCACGCUGUACUACUUUAUCGAGCUGAAUUAAUAGCCGAAUACGAAACUUUGAAAAAACUAUUUGGCGACAAAAAAGGAAAUCCAAGACAUAUUUAUUAUAUUGGAAAAUCAAAUAAAUUCGCAGAUUGGUUGAGAAAAUGUCAAGAAUACAAUAAACUAUGCAAAGCAUCAACUUCAUUUUCCAAUAUUAAUAGGAAUUCUUCUACAAUACAAUCGUUUAAACACUCCGAUCCUUAUGAUAGUGAUAGCGACGAGGACGCAUCUGAUUGGAAUCAAAAAUCUCAAGUUUCUUUUCAAAAAUGUGGAAAUGAGAUAAAUAAAAGUAAUAGAGUAAAUAAAAUGGAAAUACAUAGUAGUUAUACAUCAACUUCAGAGGAUGAAUUUUCUUUAUCGCCUUCACUUACUAUAAUUGAAAAUGGUGAAUUAAAAGACGAAAUAUCAUAUUUGAAAACAGAUUUAAAGUCAAUAGAGAAUAAUUUAGAGAACAAAUUAAUUUUAAUGGAAAAAAAAAUGACACAAAUGUUAGAAUUAAUUACAAAAUUAUCUAAUAAUUAA